AUGGACAGAUCUCCGUUGGGACAGCUGGGAAAGCUGCCCUACGAAAUCCGACUGGAGAUCUACGAGAAACUGUUUACGAUCAAGAAUUCACCUUUGAAGAUCCUGCGCUGCUCGCGAGCAAUCUACGGGGAAAUAACCGAUCGCCUCUAUGACACACUCAACAUACAUCUAUCUCCGGUGUUCAAUGACCCCUGGAUCGAGAUUCACUGCAAGCGACUGCGAUUGCGCUGGAUCAUACCCAAUCAUUCCUUUCCUUGCCAACAUCGGUUCGCACGCGCCCCAUACUACAAGAUGAACUUGGUGGUUCAUAUUUACGCACCCGACCCAAGAGACCCAGGCCAAAUAGCCCUGCUAUGGCAAAAGGUUCAAUACUUGGUGUAUAUUCUCGAGAGAGCCACCAUUUCCUCCAUAGUCAUUCGUUUGCGAGUGCAUCAAGGUCGCGACUGGCAAAAGGAAGGUCGUGUAGUGGAGAGUAUCCCUUAUCCCAACAAAUCUCGUCCCGACCACCACAUUGUUUUUCUACCCUUCUGUCGCUUAUCCAAUGUUCGGGCCUUCCGGGUGGUUCCAGAUACUCGGCGCAUGGACCGCGUCACUGAUUGGGGGCUGAUAAACUACGGCCGUGACUUCAUCCUGAACAAUGGUUACCGGAACUAUAACGAUGGCCCUCUCAGCCAGGACAGGCAAUACCGGGAUAUUGUCCGAGAGUUUGAUGAUAUUGACGCCCUGAUUCGAGAUACCGACUUUUUCCUGGAGACACACCUUGACACUCUACAUGGUAAUACUGCAGCAAUGCUUCGCCUUGACCGAGCCGCCCAUUGGCCUCUGGGAGCACCCGUCGACUAUACGUUCAGGCUCGAGCGUAGCUUGUUAGAUAUUCGGCAGUACCCAGGCUCAGUGAAUCUUCACGAUCCCGGUCUGAAGCAGCAUUGCCUCCGCAUGUGGGCGUUCUGUGACCUUUACCUGAUACCUUACCCAAUGAAAGACAAAAGGUCAUGGGAGGAAUGGUGUUCGCUCUAUCCUGAAGGACUACGUCCCCAUGACCACGAGAGUAUUCAUGAUCCCUUGGUUGAGAUAACUGACAACCCCGGGUAUUUUGGCAACUUCGACACCACUCAGAUAGAUGGAGAAUACGAGAUUAAUAUCCAUAACUAUUGGCAGCGCAAUUGGAACGGUAGACCUGCAUUUCGUCGCCGCCGCUUUGAACAGGCCUGGUGUACGGACUGCCGGCGGAUAGGAUAUAGGACUGGGUGUGACCAAGACUGUGAGAAGCUGAAUGGUUCUGACUAUGAGGAGGACUGGGAAUUUUGGUCCUUUAAUGCUUCGGAUUACUCUGAUCCUGAUCGCAGACAAGCAAGCUUUGAUCUCGACUAUGGAGUACAACCAAAGCACAGUCAAGAUUCGUUUAUUGACGCCAAACUUAUGCUUCGUUUUAACUUCCUCUCCACCGAUAUGCCGGCAUCACCGAAGAUGUCGGCCGACGAGGGCUCGCUCACCGGAGCGGCCCUGGGUAUGUCUCCCCCCCCCUCUGAUAACGGCGCGCUUGGUGACGACCUUCCGUCAAGCUUCCAUCCUUGGUGGGGCCCAGAGUCGUGUGUUUGGCUCCUCGUUGAGGAACCCAACGACAUUGCUCUGGACCCCGUCGAGCAAUGGAGGCGGCUAUCUUUCCUCCUGGAGUAUGGCGACUACGCGGCUCGGGUUUGGAACUGCCUGUUGAAGGCGUCCCGAGCGCUGAAGUCUCCCAUCUACAAGUCAGUCGUCCAGUUUCGUGACAAUCUUACCCAAGAAUUGAAAGAUUCUUCCGACGAAACGAAAAAAAGGAUCCGCCUGGUCGAGAGAUGCGUCGUGUAUCUCAUCAACCAGGGCCUGGAUAUCGACCUUGAGAUGGUGAAACUGGCAAUUCUGGUCUAUAGCAAGCGGAACAUCACUUGUCACGCUAGGAUAGGGGAGAUAUCGAACUCUGCCGCGCUGAGGAGAGAAAUCGAGAGGGCCAACCGCCGACUCCCCGAGGUCCUGCCAAGUGACCAGUCCCGCAACUAUAGUGCCUGGCAACGGAUUCUGGCCUUCUACGGCAGUUCCCAAGACUUUAUCAACCUCAAACCCGGCACUGGGUUUGGCCGUGUCUUGCCCGAGCCCGACAUCAGAAGCCUGCCCUCCGACGCACGGUGCCGUGCGUUCAAGAACAACGUCUUCGAUCGUCGCAUUGACGCGACUUUCCAGGCAAUCAAUGAGCGGAUCCCGGUCACCUCUCGUCCUGUUCUUGGUCAAACGCGGACGAGGCAUAGCGUGUCGGAUCCGCUCCCUUACAUUCCUCGGAAAAGGCGUGCCGUUGGAUCGCCGGACUCCGAUGAACGUAACAAUGGAAAGCCUGCCGCCUCGCCAUUCCCCACUGUGGCCUUUGGAAACGUGGAGGAUGCCUGUACGUAUCAAGAGAUCUACAGGGACAUCGAUUACGUGUUCGGCAAGAACCAGCGAUCAGGCCGGAGGGCGCUCCAGGAGGCACGGAAGGUCGUUCGCCAAGCGCGGGCUAACGUUGAUAGGCCCAAGGGGGGGGGGGGGGGGGGGGUAAGAAGGGCUGAGUGGAAACGCCGGGAUUGA